AAUCACCGCUCCCAGGAAUAAGCUGACGUAACGCGACUGUGACCGAUAAGCGGAUUGCCUGCCUCCAGAUUUCACAACCAAAUCUUCACAGCCAAUUACAGCCGGUAAGAAAUCGAUUACUGUUCCAACUUCCGUGCGUGUGGGUGGGGUUAUAUAUACUGAACUCCAGGCUGGAGCGCCAAACACCCCAUAGACUAACUCUCGUGGAUACCUCUAAAUCGAUACAACGUUAUCACAAUAGUCAAACUUGGAUAAACUCGUGGAUACUCUACAUCCGUCGUUAUCUGCUCUGUCGUUAUCUGCCCCAAGCCAUACCCUCGUGGAUACCCUCGUGGAUAUCUCUACAUCUGUCGUAUCCCUUCAGCACUUCCCAGCCACUCCAUUCUCUGCCAUGAUCAUGCCUGUCACCCCACAUCGAAUAAAAUUGGUGGUCCCCAAGGUCAAAGGGGGGAAGAUACUCAAAACUUGCAUCCGGUGUCGCCAGCACAAGACCAAGUGUGACGCCUUGAUCACCAACCCUGAGCCAUGCUCCCACUGUGCCAAAAAGAGCCUCACCUGUACUCUCGACAUCAUCACCAGCAUCAAGAAAAGAGACGGCUUUGACGUGGUGGAAAAGCUCGCCAGCGAAGUCACCGACUUGAACCAUACCUUGGACGCAUUGAUCCUCCGCCGUAGUGCCAUGGUCCUGGCGUUGGUCAAGAGAAGUCAGGGCAUCAUCAAAAGCUCGGGCAUCAGAACCAAAAUUGCCCGUACUCCUCCAGUCAGCCAGAUCCAAACAUGCUUGGACUCUCCAGAACCAACACAGCCACCAAUGGUAUUGCCUUUGCCUGCAUCUCAAUCCAUGUACACAAUCGAAACCUCAGGCAUCGCUCCUUUCUCCAUCUCGAUGGAACAGGCCUACGAACUUUUCACCAACUACGAGGUUAAUUUCAACCAAUUUCUCCCCAUAUUUCCAGACGAUUUCUUCUCCACCAUCAAUCUCGCCCAGUUCAAACAAGAAAAUGAGCUCUUGUUCUGGUGCAUUGUCAUUACUUCAUACUUGAAUUACCCUGACGUACAUUCCUCGUCGAACUACAGGCUCUUGGUGGACCACAUAAAGGCCUUGGUAGUGAAAACCUGUUGGGUGGAAACUCCCAGGUCGGUCUACGUCAUUUCUUCUUUGUUGAUAUUGACUACCUGGUCCUUACCUCAGACUACUCAAUUAACCAACAAUAUCUCCCUCAAGUUCCUCUCAUUGAUGAAGAAUUUAUCUUUACAAUUUGGUUUGCACAAACUGGAGUUCUUGAACGAAUUCAGUCACAAGACAAGAAUGAGCAUUUCCAAUGAAAAGAGUGUCGAUAGCAUAAUAAGAGAGAGAAUUUACAAAUUCAUCAACAUCAACUCAAAUUAUUGGUACAUUUAUCUUGGAUUGUCAUCCAAUAAUGCCCCAAAUGGCUCAGACCAAGACUAUAUUAUCAAUAAGGCAUCCAACAUAGAUAUUUUUGACAAGAGCGUUAAUACUAACGACCAUUACAUAAAUUCAUUGCUCAGAGUCUCAGUUAUUCAAACUAAGAUGAGUGCUAAUAUGAUGGAUUUGAUUGAUAAUACCAACGAGUCUAUUUUGACUUUACCAAAUCAAAUCAAUACCUCAAAGGUUCUUAAUCUUAAAAUGUUUGAUGUUAUUUUGGAAGAUCUCAAGAAGGUGUUGACACACGAAAACCAGGUAAUUACUAAUUUGAUCGAGAUCUCGAUAACAUACUCGAAGUUGCAGUUGUACAUCUACUCCUUAUCUCAUCUCAGCGUUGAAAUCGGGGAGUACAAGCAGUUCAUCUCAAAAAUAUGUUCUUGUUGUUUCAAUCUUUUAUCAUUAUAUCAAAAUCAAUUCAAGGACAUCUCCUCAUUCAACCAAUUGCCCAUCCAUUAUAAGUUUCCAGUCGAGUUGGCUUCAUUCAUCUUACUAAAGAUCUACAAAUCUCCAUUAUUGAACACAGUUGAAGAUUAUCAUUUAAUCAAACAGAAAUUCAAUGAAUUCUAUGACAAUAUUGUUAAAAAGGGCAUCAGUGGUAAUGAUUGGAGUUUUGUUAAUGAAAAGUUCUUGAAGAUCCUCUCAAAAUUUGACAGCAUAGAAAACUCUUUUGUUAUCAAUAGGAUGGUGGUCGAAACCCAAGAUGAUGAUGAAGAUGCUCCCCUGUUCUUGUUGGUGAAGCAAAUGAAGAACUACUUGGUAUCGAGUAUGAGUUAUGAAUUAGUGUGGUGUAUUUACGAACGGGAGAAGAAAAAGAUUGAUGAGAAAGAUGUUGAUUGGGAAAAAUUUGGGCUUGAUAAAGCUAAGGAUAAGGCGGUUAUUGACUUCUUAUUGAAGAACGAAACUAUAUUAAAUUAAUAUACGGAAGCAGGUUUAAAACACAGUAAUAGGUUAUCAUUGUAUCGGACAAUUAAUCCCAAAUGUAGCUUGUGUCUUCGGACUCUUUGAAUUAUGCCCCCAAAUCUUUUUAGUGACACGAAGUUAUACUUUACA